AUGGAGUAUUCAAAACCUUAUUCGUCAGACUGGCCCCGGCCUGGGUUGGAGGGCUGGGGUGACAGGCUUGUGCUGGCCCCAGUGACGAUAGCGGUGUUUCAUGAUGAGGUGGGGAUCGAGGACUUCCAAUAUGACAGGGACUCGGAGACGUACUUCUACCCCUGCCCAUGUAGGGUUAACUUCUGCAUCGCCAAGGAAGAUUUGGAGAAGGGGGAAGACGUGGCAGCGUGCCUUGGCUGCUUUCUCAUUAUAAAAGUGAUUAAUGACAAAGAUCAGUUUACGUGUGGAGAAGCAGUCCCAGCCCCUUCCAUCAACAGAGAAUUAGUUAAAUGCUGAAGAGGACUUUAGGAAUCCCAAGCAUAAACGCUGGAAACUGAGCCAAGCUGGAAAAAUCAAAUGCAAAGUUACCGGCUUCUUGAUGGGGGACGAGCACUUUGUAGUUUGCUGCUCCGUUAGGGUGUGGACUCCUUCCAUUGGCCGCUGAGUUCAUCCUCAGUUAAAGAUGCGAGCCCAAGUGGAGAUGUUCUUAAUUUUCCAUCAGAAUUUAAAGGAAAAAAUUUCAAAGCAGUGCUUUCUUCCCCUCAGAUUUAUGUUUUAUAUCUUACCCAUAAUUACUUCAUUAUCUGCAAACAGCAUAUCUACCGCAAAGUCAUUUGGAUUCUUUAAUUUAAAAAAUGGGGAUUUUAAAAAAGGGUAGUGAAAUCAAUAUUUGGGAAACUAGAAAGAAGGUGGUCAAGUUGUAAAUGACUUAGUGGACUAGAGAAUGCUGCAGAGAGCUAAGCCAAUAAGAGAAGCAAGCUGAUACCCUCACAUAACCUGGAAAAGGCUCAGGAUUUGGAGGUACCAAGUACUUCUCGAGUCAGGAAUACAGGUGGAGUAGAAAUAAAAGGGUUGAUCGAUGAUUUUUAGAAUUUUGAUGCCCUCCAUCCCCUUCACUCCAUACACCCAGACAGCUGUCUGUCUUCUACCUGACAGAAGAUGGAAGGUUUAUACUCAGGAGACGUGAACGGGGCAGGCGCUGGACAACUGAGGUCGGGGUGAGGCACCUGAAUGAGAAUACAGAUUCAGUGAAAAUUAACAUAUGCAACAGUGAAACCAGAGUUGUCUUUUUCUGAGUGGUUCCCAGAACUAAUAGUUAAGCUUACACUUCCCCUAAACAAGAUAAUAAAGUUUCUUUUCUGGGGAAACUUAGAGCCCAUGGCAGAAUAUUUAGCAGACUCGGAUUUUUCAGGUUCGCUUGACUGAACAGCUACAUCACCAUCAGGUCACCUGCAAGGAUGAGGACUAUCGGUCAGGACGCGCUGUUCAUGCACCAAACUUUGUCAACCUUUUUUUUUUUUUUUUUUUAAGGAAGUACUGGGGAAUUGAACCCAGGACCUCAUGCAGGUUAAGCAUGUGCUCUGUCACUGAGCUGUCCAACCCCUGCCCCAUCAGCUUUAAGUGCCUCACACUUAAACGUAAAUGGACAGCCAAGGAUCACCAGCCAUUUGCUGGAAGUCUUGGUAGACUUGAUUUACUACCAGGAAUAUAUGAGAGUUCCAGUUGUUUCUCGUCCGUGUCAACACUGAGUAUUUUCUGUCUUUUUAAUUUUAGCCAUUCUAGUGGGCAAGUAGUAUUUUAUUUAGCGCCCCCUUGAUAACUAAU